CGUGCUUGCCAUUCGCUGUGCGGAUGUCUGCUGCACCGCCGACGUCGAGCAUGCAAGCCCAUGGGUCAGACGGUGGCUUUGUGGCCAUGCCGCCGCAUCACGCCAAGCUCCCUCCCUCGCUGCGGGCCGUCAAAGAGGCCCAUGCUGCUCUGGCCGCAUCGUUCCCGCUCGAGCCACUCCAAGCUCUGGCUUCGGGUGGAGGAUCUACUGAUGCUGCUGGCGAGGCCUCGGCUCCGGGUGGUUCUGCUGGCGUCGGCACUCCUGCCGGUGAUGCAGCUGCCGAGGAGGUUGAGACGGCGGUGGUGAUGCUGCGGGCGUGGGUGGCGCUGGACUCGUGCAACUUGCUCACGGGCCUCACCUCGAUCAUUCGGGCGGUCAAGGAGGCGUGUGAUGUGGUCUCGGCGAGCAACUCGGUGAACUGGAUGACAACGCUGCGGACGGCAGAGGUGGUGCUGUACGUCAAGGCUGGGCUUGUCUUGCUCGGCAUCAUCACACAGGCCAUCCUCGACCACUCGGUUGAUCUGCUCCGGGAGGAGGGCUACUGGCAAGCCCAGGCCAUGUCGCCCAUGUCAUUCUGGUUUCAGUCGCUUCCAGUCCGCAUCUUUGGCGGUGUGGCGGCGCGGCUGCGCGGCGAAGCCGGUGAUGAGGCGGCGGGUGCCGCGGGCGCGGGCGCGGGCGGAGCCGAGAGCGGCGGCAAUGUCGGCGGCGAAGGGCGGCAUGGGCGGCGCGGGCGGCGUGAAGGCGUGGUGGCGUGGCUGGGGCGGGCGGUGCCGCUCCGAAUUCGUUCGCCGAUCGGGUUUCUCCAGCGGUGGCGGGCCGGCGAGGUGGCGUUCUCGACUGAGGUCUCUGUCCGCGACACACUCAGCGGCAUUGCACGCCUGCAGGACACGUUACUGCCACAUCUGGGGCGGUGCGUCAUGCUUGUGUCGUCGAUCUCGCGGGUGUGCGCGGCGGCGCCGACGGCAGCCGUGCUCAACGACCUCACGCGGUUCACCCUUGUGACCGUGCUGGACAUGGCAGCCGGGGUGCGAUCUGCGGCACUCGAGGCGCCGCCGGCGGUGCGGUACGCGUGCGACGCCGAGUUUCUGGAUGAUCUCACGGCACUGGUGGCGGUGGCAGAGAGCGAGCAGCUGAAGCGCGCGUCGUCGUCGUCGGACGACCGGCUGGUAGCACCAGGCGCAGCGGCGUCUGCGGAGCGUGUCCGGAUGUACCUUCCACUGCUGGGGGCCAUCGCUGAGGCGUCGCACUGCGGGCUGGUGCUCGACGAGCUCCACGAGCCGCUGCGGAUCCCGUCGCACUGGUUCCGGCGGUGGCCGCACUACCUCGUUGGCGCCGUCGGCGCCUUUGUCCUCUACCGGCAGGUCUUCCAGCGACGGGCGUCAAUUGCAGCGUCGAUGGUCGACAUGUGGGAGACGAGCGUGGUCUUUGUCCAGCGGCGGGUGGUCGAACCUCUCCGCGACAUUUACGCCACGAUCCGCUACGACGCAUCCAAGGUCGGCCUCAUGUCCGCGCAGUCGCUCAUGGCGGACACCGAGUCGCUCAAGCGAAUGGUGGCCGACUUUGUGGUCGAGCACCGCAACGACGCCGAUGUUGACGCCGUUCUCGCCGCCGCCGAGGCCGGUGACAUCACUGUCGUCAUGCGCGAGUACGAGACCGGCAUCCGCAAGCCGAUUGCCGGCCUGCUCUUUGGCUCGAUGCUGCGGACCAUCCUCAUCCAGGUCCAGAAGCAAAAGGUCGACGUCGACCGGGCCAUGGCGGCCCUUGACCAGAUCAUGCGCUCAAAUGAGCUCAACUUUCAGCUCAUUGCUGCCAUCCCGGCCCUCGUCGUCUUUGGCUGGCUCUUCCGCGCAACCUCGGGCCUUGUCUUCUCCUCAGCCCAGUCAGCGUCGACCCGCAGCCUCCAUCGCGAGCUGCGACUCGCCGUCCGCCGCGUUGAGAUCAUGCUCAACGACAACAUGGCCGAGACUGAGUCGCUUUCGCUCCUUGAGCACGGCGCGCUCGUUAUUCUCGUCCACAAGCUCUGGGUCCUUGCCCGCCGGCUGCCAGCCUCGGUGCGCUCUCGCUUUGAGGACGACAUCCGCAUGCUCCUCCUCACCUCGCAUCCGAUCCCGCGCAAGCUCGCCACCCUCCAUCGGAUGUAUCGCCAGUAUGACUUUAUGCACACCUCGCGAUGGAGGGCCUGAGGCGGUUAUCGGUCCCGCGGUUGACUGUGUGACGAUCUGGUUCGAGUUUGCGCGGUCAGAGGUAAACACCGCGACCAUGG